AUGGGUGGCGGUGGGCGUGGCGGGGCUGUGUCUGCUUCCCCUCUUGCUCCUACUGCGGCAGCUACGGAUGCCAAUGCUACUGAGGAGUGGGCGGACGAUAAUGGAUUCUUCGAGGAGUUUGCGAAGGAGGCCACUCUUGGUGGUGGUGCCUCGCGCCGCAAGCGCAGCCGCCAGGCAUUCGAGGAGGUGCAGCAAUCGGCGCUGCAGGCCCAGGCUCAGGCGGAGGAGGAAGAUGAGGUGACGCGGAAGGCACGCGCGGAAGAGGCACGCAGGCAAAUCGCAGCCAAAGUGCUCGCACGGGCAAGUCCCCGUGAGGUGCAGCAGGCCGUCAGGAAGGCGGAGAGGGAAAGCAACAAGCGUGGAGAUAGACCAGAACCCCCUUUGGCGCGGCAGAAAAAGCGUAUGAAGCGAGGCCAUCGAUGA